GUCAUUUCGCGAUUCGUGCCGGUUGGUUUGAUGCUUGCGACGUCUUUUGCGUCGCAAACCGACAUAGUUUCCGACGUGGCCGAAUUCGUGCGAUCUGGAGGUUAUCCGUUCGAAAACAUUUCGGUUGUUACAGAAGACGGUUACCUGUUGGACUUGUUUCGAAUCGAACACGGUCUAAACGUCACAACUGGAAAACGGCCCGCUGUGCUGGUGGGGCACGGUUUAUUUGGAUCGUCCAGGGACUACUUGGUCAUGGGGCCGAAACGAGGACUGGCCUAUCUCUUGGCCGAUCGUGGAUAUGACGUUUGGCUGGUGAACGGUAGAGGAACCAGCUAUUCGCGCAAGCAUCUCGCUCUUAAUCCAGACGUCGAUCCAGAGUUUUGGUAUUUUAGCUGGCACGAGGUUGGUGUCUACGAUCUUCCGGCCAUAAUAGACACAAUCAAGAGCGUGACCAAACAAAAACGCAUCGGCUACAUUGGUUUGUCGAUGGCAACGACUGCCUCCUACGUUUUAGGUGCCGAGAGGAGUGAGUACAACAAUGACCUUUCAGUGAUAAUAUCACUGGCUCCCGUGGCUUUCAUGCGACACAUCAACAACCCCAUGCUGCUGUUUUCCUCCCGGUUUGAGCAACUGCUUAACGUGGCGGGGGGAAUGCUCAACAUGUACGAAAUUCCACCCAAACGUAUGCAGAGGCUUGUGACGGCUAUGACUUCUUCAAUGUGCCACACGAGCAGCAUAUUUGUAGAUGCUUGCGCUGCUAUGCUAUUUUUCGUUGGCGGGCACAGCCCAACACAGCUCGAUAAGGAAGAUUUGGUGACAAUAAUGAAAUCGAUUUCCCCGGUUUCCCUUCGACAGAUCUUGCACUUCGCGCAGGUCAUCAACUCAGGGGAAUUUGUUCAGUACAACCAUGGACGGUCCAAAAAUUUGCAGAAGUACAAAAAUGCGAUGCCUCCCGCGUACGAUCUGAACAAAAUCACCGCACCGGUAGCGCUGUUUUACUCUGACGGGGAUUUACUGUCUCGGCCGAAGGACGUGGAGCUCUUGUGUCGCAAAUUGCCGAGGUGUGUCGUUAAGCACAGGGUGAAGUUGGACUCGUUUAACCAUUUCGACUUUUUGUUCGCGAUUGAUGUUGUUGAGCUGCUCUACGAUGACGUAAUUCGCGUCCUUGAUAGCUAUAGUGAUUUCGUUUAAUAAAAUCUUCGAGUACCA